AUGCCAACCUACAAGACCAGCCAGGAAUGGCUGGAACAAUCCUCCCUCCUGCUUCAGGCGCGCCCAGCAAGCACUAGAAUCACAACAAAGUACUCGAUAAAGCCCGUCAAGCCGAGAAAGUCGAAGAAGGACGACGGGGAGGACAGCACGAUGUCCGACGCAGCGACAGCCAAGCCUCCGAGGGGCAGCCUCGAGAUCAAGACCUUCGACCCCAUCAGCGGCGUCGCGCUCAAGUACCGCACCACCAAGGCGGCCGAGGUCUCGCGCCUCAUCACCACGCUUGGCUCCCUGGGGCGCACAAUGUCGACGUCCAAAGCCCCGGAGGAGGUCAAGGACGAGCCGACGGCGGACACGCCGGCCGAGGAGAAAGGCGCAGGGGCACUUGAGCUCAAGGGCGGCCCGCAGGAGAAGACCCAGCAGGCUGGCGUAGGUGGUGGAAAGAAGAAGAAGAAGGGCAAGAAAUAA